GUGUGUGCUGGGUUUGACUGUCAAUUCAGAUUUCUGUUGUAUUUCUGCGUCUGUUACGGUUUUGUUUCUCAGAGAAUGGGCAGGCUGCGGAAAAGGCACAAUUGGAAAGCAAGACUUCAGGUUCAGAGCGUGGAAACCUCCUCACAACAAUCCUUCAAUGGCCUUAAAGUUGAGAUUGAACUGGAAGAUGGAGUUACACUCAAAGGUGUUGAUGAAAGUAACGCUCUAGUUUUACCUGCAAAGAGAGCAAAAAGAAAACCGGUGACUGAAGAUGUUAGAAAAUCAAAGCAACCUUUGAGUAAGAAACAGAGGAAACAACUAGAGAAAAUUCUAGAACAGAAGGAGAAGAAAACACAGAGAAAAGAGAUUCUGAAUAAGUUGGCAGAAUGCCAGGUCUCAGAAUCUGAGAUGAAGCUUUUCUAUACCACCUCAAAAAUGGGCAUCGGAAAGCGCAUGUACCAACCUAAGCUAUCUGGAAAGGAGGCUAACAGUCAGUGCAGAAUCAGUAGUGUUAGCGGGGCCAAUAAGAAAAGGCACAGAAGAAGCUCUGAGAUUGUGGAGAGAGUGCCGGAAUCUGAGACAAGCCCAUCUUCAGACAGUUCAGAUGAGGAAGAACAAGUGAAUGAUGCAGAGAAGAUGAAAAAUGACAGCACGCAGUCAAGUGAAGAGAGGGAUGUCAACGCUGAUGAACAAAUUCAAAACUCCUUGAGCAGUACAGAGACGACAGCUGAGAAGCCACCAGCAUCAGUAUUGAUUAAUAAGAAAACCAGUCUAAAUGUGACGCAGCAGCCUUUCUCAGAACCUGCUAUUUUCAUUCCACUGGACAGAACCCCAAAGAUUCAGGAAGCUCGUCUGCAGUUACCAAUUCUAGCAGAAGAACAAGUUGUCAUGGAGGCCAUUAAACAUAACCCUGUGGUAGUUGUUUGUGGUGAGACAGGGAGUGGUAAAACUACGCAGGUGCCCCAGUUUCUCUACGAAGCUGGAUAUGCAAGUGGUAAUGGAAUCAUUGGGAUCACCGAGCCCAGGCGGGUAGCAGCUAUAAGUAUGUCCCAGCGGGUUGCAACAGAAAUGAAUCUUUCACACAGGGUGGUUUCCUAUCAAAUACGAUAUGAAGGAAAUACAACUGAAGACACAAAAAUAAAGUUUAUGACAGAUGGAGUGCUUCUAAAAGAAGUACAGAGGGAUUUUUUACUCUCCAAAUACAAAGUGAUUAUUAUAGAUGAAGCUCAUGAGCGGAGUGUCUAUACAGAUAUACUGAUUGGCCUGCUAUCUCGUAUUGUCCCUUUGCGAGAGAAGAAAGGGCAACCGAUGAAACUGAUUAUAACGUCUGCCACUCUACGUGUGGAGGAUUUCAUAGCAAACAAGAGACUGUUUCCAACUCCACCUCCUGUUGUUCAGGUGGAUGCCAGACAAUUUCCUGUCAUUGUUCACUUUAAUAAGCGAACUCCACUUGAUGACUACACAGGAGAGACUUUUAGGAAAGUCAGCAAGAUCCAUCGAAUGUUACCUCCAGGAGGUAUUUUAGUGUUUCUGACUGGACAGGCAGAAGUACAUUCUAUGUGCAGAAGAUUGCGAAGAGCUUUUCCUUACAGACCCAACAGCAAUAUACAAGAAGUUGAUGCUGCCUCACAUGAUUCAUUUGAAGCAACCAGGAAGUUUAAAAAGGCCAAACCUAAACGUAAUUUGCCAAAAAUUAACCUUGAUAAUUACUCUGCAAUGCCAGCGGAUGAGGGAGAUGAAGAUCGAGAAGCUGGGAUUGAUGAUGAAGAUGAAAUUGCCUCUGAUCUAGAUCUGGAUUUGGGCGACGGUGAUGAUUGUGACGAAGUUGAGAAAUCAGAUCCUUCUAUUCCACUGUAUGUUCUUCCACUCUUUUCGUUGUUGGCGGCAGAGAAACAAGUGAAGGUAUUUCGUCCACCUCCAAGUGGCACACGGUUGUGUGUGGUAGCAACCAAUGUAGCGGAAACGUCUCUUACUAUUCCAAACAUUAAAUACGUGGUGGACUGUGGAAAAGUGAAGAAACGUUUUUAUGAUAAAGUGACUGGAGUCUCAUCAUUCAAAAUCACCUGGAUCGCUCAGGCUUCAGCAAAUCAACGAGCAGGUCGUGCUGGUCGUACAGAACCAGGUCACUGUUACAGGCUUUACUCUUCAGCUGUUUUUGCUGACUUUGAAAAAUUCUCUGAAGCUGAGAUCACAAGGCGGCCUGUAGAUGAUCUUGUUCUGCAGAUGAAAGACUUGAACAUUGAAAAGGUGAUCAAUUUCCCAUUCCCAACAUCUCCAUCAAGAGAGUCGUUGAUAGCUGCUGAGAGAUUACUUAUUUCUCUUGGAGCUUUGGAGGAGCCACCGAAACAUGGACGGUUUAAGGAAUUGGAACAGGCAAAAUUGACCUGUCCUAUCACCCCGCUGGGUAGAGCUAUGGCUUCAUUUCCAGUGGCACCUCGAUAUGCGAAAAUGCUUGCUUUAAGCAAGCAGCAUGACUGUAUGCCAUAUGCCAUCAUCAUAGUUUCAGCCAUGACUGUAAGAGAGCUAUUUGAGCAGAUUGAUAGACCAGCCGUAAAUGAUGAGGAGACAGAAAAACUGAAAAGGAAAAAGGCCAGAAUCUCUCAGAUGCAAUGGAUCUGGGCAGGCCAGGGCCCAUCUCUCAAACUUGGAGACAUUAUGGUCAUGCUUGGUGCUGUUGGUGCUAGUGAGUAUGUAGGAUGUACCCCUGAAUUCUGUAGAGCAAAUGGACUUCGACAUAAAGCAAUGGUUGAAAUCAGACGUUUGCGAAGCCAGCUGACUAACGUUGUGAAUACUAUCUUCCCUGGACCUGGCUUGUUUAUUGAUCCCAAGAUGAAACCACCAACAGAAACUCAGGUCAUGUACUUAAGACAGAUUGUAAUGUCUGGUCUUGGGGAUCAUAUUGCCAGAAAAAUCCAAUCAGAAGAGAUGCUGGAUGAAAAAUGGAGAAAUGCAUAUAAGACCCCACUCAUAGAUGAGCCAGUGUUUAUCCAUCCAAAUUCGGUACUAUUCAAACAUCUUCCUGAGUUUGUGGUUUACCAAGAAAUAGUGGAGACUUCCAAGAUGUAUAUGAAAGGACUGACUGUGAUUGAAGCCGAGUGGAUCCCUCUCCUCCUUCCCCAGUACAGUCACUUCGGAAAACCUCUGGAUACACCACCUCCACGUUACUGCCCUGAGACUGGACGGGUUAAAUGUCACCAAAAAAGCACCUUCUUCAGAGUUGGCUGGCAGCUUCCUGCUGUAGAAGUGGAUUAUCCAGAAGGGUUGGACCGAUACAAAUAUUUUGCUAAAUUUUUGUUGGAAGGAGCGGUCAUUAAAACACUUGGUCCGUAUGCCAGUUGUCUACUUUCCAGUCCGUCAACAAUGUUGAAAACAUGGGCCAAGCUUCAGCCUAGGACAGAUGCGUUGUUGGCAGCUCUAGUUUCUGAAAAUGUAGACAAUCAUGAUGCAUUACUUGCUGCCUGGAAGAAAAAUAGCAAAUACCUGUUAUCAGCAUAUUGUCAAUGGCUUCCUGAGGCAAUGCAUGCUGAUGUUUCAAAGCACUGGCCUCCAACGCAAGUAUAAUGUGCAAAUGAAUGGAAAUUGGCUUUCACCAGCAACUGUGACCUCUGCAAUACUAACCAUCAGUGGAACCAAUAUUUGUAUUUGAUCAAGCAAAUACAAUGAGAGAUUUUGUAGAAAGUAUGAAGUAGAGCUCAAAAAAGGUAUUGAGUGAACCUGUACUCUGCUCAAGCUAAAGACCGAGAAGGUGUAUAAAGACAGGCAAGUGCUGGAACUGCUCAGGUCUGGCAAUAUCUGUGGAGAGAGAAAUGGAAUUAACAUUUCAUCAUAAUAGUAUAAUAUGGUACACUUGUUUGAGAAGAAAACCCAUUUGGAUUUUGGUUGUUUAACAUUGGGAAAAAUCACUUUUACAGCUGAACCCUUGUAUCCAAACAACUUGCAAUGGCGACAUCAAAGACCUUCAUUCAAUUUCUUGAAUUCUCUUCAUUGAACCAUUUUUCUGUGCUGUAAAAUUCUGCGAAAUUUGAGAAAUGAAUGCUUCUUGUAACAUUUUUUAAAUUGAACUUGGACUGUAAAUUUACUGUAGCAGUAAACUCAUUUGUGUACAGUGCAAAAACCUUGUAAAGUGAGACCUGUGGUCUUGAGAGAAAUUGGGGUUGGGUAAUUCUCAAAUGCACUAAGGGGAGAAAAAUACAUGAAACUAUUCAAAAGUAUAUAAAUCAAGAUGUUUGUAUAGCCUAAUUCAUUCUUUUAUGUGAUUGGAGUUGUAAAAAUUAAUUAAACUUGAGUAGCUUUCAAGUGAAAGAUGUAAUUCUAAA